CUCAAAGACUGAUCUAUUGUUUUCUCUCCAGGAGGAGGGGAGAAGCAUUAGGUACCUGGCACCCAGCAAAACCCAGAGUUACCGUGGAAUUCUUCAAGAACCUCCACACUCCAGGAAUUUGGACCGAGUGGUAGAGACAUCGCGGGCAGAGACGGCAAUCGCCAGCUUCCUCCCUGUGAUGUCUUGUGAUUCAGAGCACAUUCUGCUCCACUCUUUUAAAAAGGGCAGCAUGUCGAUGCUGGAGACACAAGAACAGACUCGAACUAGGACACUCCCAUUCGAUCAGAGUCGGUGUGCCAGCCUCCAUGCUGCCUCUCCUGCAGGGCACCCUCUUUCUUCUCUCCUCCUGCAUCUCAGCAGGAGGAGGUAGCUCCCUCGGCGAAGGCCUGUGGCUACUGAAGACCGAGUUUGCCCUCCACCUCUACCGGAGUGCAGCAGCGGAAAGAAAUGGGACAAACUUUGCCAUCUCACCUGCUGGUGUGUCCCUCUCCCUGGAGAUCCUGCAGUUUGGAGCCAGGGGCAACACCGGCUGGCAGCUGGCAGGUGCCCUGGGCUAUACUGUGCAAGACCCAAGAGUGAGAGAAUUUCUGCACACUGUUUAUACCACAUUGCACAACUCCAGUCAAGGCAUCGGGAUGGAGCUGGCCUGCACCCUUUUCACGCAAACGGGAACAUCUCUGUCUCCUUGCUUUGUGGAGCAGGUCUCCUGGUGGGCCAACAGCAGUGUGGAGCCAGCUGACUUCAGCGAUCCCAACAGCACCACCACGGAGGUCUCGGAAGGCACAGAGAGAGAGAAUGCUUUUCUGCCUAUAGGUGAAGGCCCAGGUAGCCCACUGUGGGGCCAGGCUGGUACCCCAUCUACUUGCCUCUCCCGGCUCUCCAUCGUGAGUACCAUGACCUUCCAAAGCACCUGGCAGAAGAGAUUCUCCUCCAUGGCCUCGCAGCCCCUGCCUUUCACCUGUGCCCAUGGCCUCAUCCUUCCAGUCCCAGCGAUGCACCAAGUGGCAGAGGUCAGCUAUGGCCAGUUCCAGGAUGCUGCAGGCCACGGGGUAGACGUUCUGGAGCUGCUGUACCUGGGAAGGAUGGCCAGUUUGUUCCUGGUACUUCCUCAAGACAAGCACACCCCUCUGGACCACAUUGAACCACACCUCACAGCCAGAGUCAUCCACCUCUGGACCACCAGGCUGAAGAGAGCCAGGAUGGACGUGUUCCUCCCCAAAUUUAGGAUCCAAAAUCAGUUCGACUUAAAAAACAUUUUAAGAUCAUGGGGUAUCACUGAUCUUUUUGACCCACUCAAAGCUAACUUGAAAGGAAUUUCAGGCCAAGCUGGCUUUUAUGUUUCUGAAGCAACCCACAAGGCCAAGAUGGAGCUUUCAGAGGAUGGCACCAAGGCAUCUGCAGCCACAGCUGUGCUGCUGCUGAGGAGGUCUCGAACCCCUGCUUUUAAAGCAGAUCGACCCUUCAUCUUUCUUCUGAGAGAACACAGCACAGGGUUUGUCUUCAGUAUUGGGAGAGUUUCAAAUCCCCUUGACUAAAAUAGCAGAUCUCAAGAAUGUUCUACGUAUGUGUUCCUUCAUAAAUAUUUACAAUUUUUAAGGGUAUGUGAUUUCCAAAUAUUAUUAAUCUAAAAAU